AUGAAGACAAGAUGUCUAACCCUGAAUCGGAACGAAUUCCUCAGUUGCUUCGUGACAGAUGCGGUUCUGUCGGUAAUCGAUAAUAUCGUGAAUGGAAGCAAGGAAAUGGAUCCUGUCUUGAAUUUGGUGAAGCGCGAUACAGUUAACGCCAGGGGCAUGGCGAAGACAUUCACGACCUUGCGGGACAAGCCUCUCACUCAUUGUGAGAACUGCGGGAAGAGCCCAGAAGACUUUGGACGGGACACGCGCUUCAUGGUAUGCAGUACAUGCAAGUCGAAACUGCACUUCAGUAUCCACUAUUGCUCUCAGGAAACAAUGUCAGAAAGAAGAUUGGAAGAAGCACAAUCAGCACUGUGGUAA